AUGGCGAGAACUCGCGCUAAAGGCGCGGCAACCGCGGCGUCGAAAGACGACAAGAAGAGCGCAACAACAGCGACGAAAACCUCGAGUUCAGUUUACACCCUUUCAAAUCCGUCCAGCAACCCACCGAAGCUCUUCAUUCUCCCUAAAAGCGCCUCUGCUGCCGCGCGCAUUGCAGUCAUUCAACACCCGCGUUACAAUAAACCCACGCGUUUCCUCGUCUGCCCCGAAGCAGGCUUCUUCGAGUUCACCACAGUCUCCCCACCCAAAUCCACACCUCGAAGCUGGCUCAUACAAUCCAGCACCCCCAAUCAAGAAGAUGACACCACCCAAAGCACACAAAUCACCCAAUCCCCCGCUCUACACCUCGCCACGCCCUACGACCCGCUCUUCCUCCUCCUCCCCGCCCUCUACAACACCACCACCACAAACGCCGCAUCGCAACAAGAAGAAGCACCACCACCACCACUCCCCACCCAAAAACGCAUGUUCCUCUCCCUCGAAGACCACCUCGACAACACCCCCGACCCCUCACGCCACCUCGCCCGGCUGCUCGCCGCCUGCCCAACCACACGACAGCUCGUAGAAGCGCGGCUGGCCGCGGUCUGUGACACCGUACAGGCGGGCGACGAGCGCAUGUUCCGCGUCAGCGAGGCCAAGCUGCUGCGCGCCCUGCUCGCCAAGGCGCAGGCGGUGGUGCGGGGGGGCGGGCGGUUGCCGGAGAGUAUGGAGGAGCGGUUUGUGCGCAAGGAGCUGGAGGCGCCCGUGCUGGGGGUGCGGGUGGCGCGGGGGAGUUCCGCGGUGCAACAGCAGCAGCAGCAGAAGGAGGAGGAUGUGGAUGGGGAGGGGGAGGCGCCCGUGAGGGCGGGGUCGGGACAGGAGACUAGGGCGGGCGAUGAGGAGCAGGACGAACGCGCCGAAAAGAGGAGGAGACAAGAGGCGGAGGAAAAGGCGAAAAAGGCAAAUAUGAGUCGGGGGGUCAAGAACCUGAUGAAGGUCAACACCUCAGGGAUGAAGAAGAUGAGCGAUUUCUUCAAGAAGAAGGUGUAG